GGCCGCGAUAUGUGUUACGGGUCUCGUGACCUAGUAACCUAGUCACAUGGGUUUCCGGUCACGGCGCGGCGUGGCGUGUCCCGCUCGAAUUCGUUGACGAUAAGGGGCACAAGAUAAGGAUUAAACGAGGUAUAACGGUAUUACUGAUAGAUGGAUAUUUCGUCAACGGCCCGGAUUCUUCUGUAGCAAUUGUAUUUUAGCUCCGGUAUGAAGCCGACCGACUGUACCAUGAUCGACCGGCAACAUGCUCUGCACAAGGGCAUUGAGGACCUACGUAUCCUCCCGCACGCUGAGUCAACUAUCACGCAUACGAAAUCCUACAUAUAUCCCGUGUGUGUCCUCACAAUGGCACCUACGACGGAGCUGCGCUUCGCAUGCACAUGCGACCACCACUGAGGAUCCACCAAUCCCGCCCGCAGACCACAGACAGCUCGCCGUACAGCAAGAACUAUUUACGACGUCCAUCUACAGCCCAGGCUCGCCCAUUCUUCUCCCCAAUGGCGCCAGAAUAUUCAAUCGCUUGGUCGAGUUUUUGCGCCGACAAUACACCCGCUAUGGCUUCGACGAGGUCAUCACCCCCACCAUCUACAAGAAGGCGCUGUGGAAAAAGUCAGGGCAUCUGGAAAACUACAGCGACGACAUGUUCACUGUAACGAGCACGUCGCCGUCGCGGAACGACACGGCCGAGGCCAGCGAAGAAGAUGAAUACGGCCUCAAGCCUAUGAAUUGCCCCGGCCACUGCCUGAUUUUCGCAUCGAAGCGCCACGGCUACCGAGAUCUCCCCGUCCGAUACGCCGAUUUCUCGCCCCUCCAUCGCAACGAGAUAUCAGGUGCUCUGAGUGGACUGACUCGAGUACGGCGCUUCCACCAAGACGACGGACACAUCUUCUGCAGGCCGUCGCAGAUCGAAGACGAGAUACGGAAGACGUUGGAUUUCGUGCGCGUCGUGUAUUCUACAUUCAAGCUUGGGCCUUACCGAUUGACUCUGUCCACGCGGCCUAAAGAUCACUACAUAGGGACCAGAAGCGAAUGGGGGCGCGCUGAGGCCGCAUUGAAGAGAGCACUAGAGGCGUCCGGUCAGGAGUGGAUGAUCAACGAAGGCGAUGGUGCCUUUUAUGGUCCCAAAAUAGACAUCAUCUUGCGGGACUCGGAUGGCAAAGAACACCAAACAGCCACUAUCCAGCUGGACUUUCAACUACCCAAGCGAUUCGAACUAGGCUACGUAGCCCCGGCACCUGAGUUUGAGACGCGCGGAGAAACCACGACGGAUCAGGAAGAGCUGAAGAAACUCGGCCUCGUCACGCCAGUUCUUAUCCAUCGAGCUGUCCUAGGCUCUGUAGAGCGCUUAAUGGCUCUGUUAAUCGAACAUUAUAACGGGAACUGGCCCCUCUGGCUGAAUCCUCGGCAGGUUAUAAUCAUGACUGUCAACGACGCCCCGCUCGUCGUAGAGCAUGCCAACAAAGUCCGGGACAUUCUCCUAGGUAGGCACGAAUCAGAUUCGCCGGACGAGCCGGUGAGCCAAGCUGCCAAUUUCGUGGUAGACAUCGACGAUAGGCCUCUACCCGUGGGCGUCAAAAGCCACCAUGCCAAGGCCAAGGGUUACAGCGUCUUCCUCACGGUUGGGCCACGACAGCUGUCUAGUGGAUCCAUUACAUGUGACCUAUCGCGUUUGGGAGAUGAUACCGAGGGGCGGCCGUACGGGGAACGGGUAGAAAUGCAACCAUCCAACUUAUUGGAAAUACUCCAAGCGAAAAUAGACGCUUAUCUGUAAAUUACCUGUGUAUAACAUAAGUAGCUAUCCCUCCAAGCUUUCCUCAUAGUGAAGAGUGAUAUGCCCGAUCGCUCGAAAUGCAUACUUGAUCAUACUCGAAUGACAUCCUCGUCGAGAGUCGACCUAGACAAUGG